GAUGUGAUGACACAGAUCAAAACCCACAACCAGCUCCUCCCAGUCAGGACAUGUCUGUGUCUCCUCCCUUCACAGAUGUGUAUGUGUAAGAACCAGUGAACAACAGGCUGAGAGCAGUGGGAGCUGAGUCACUGCAGGGAGUGAACGAGAGGGGGAGGAGCAGAGAUCUGUUUCUGUUCAGAGGAAGUGAAACUGUUCUUCAGUCUCUGGCAGCAGCUGAAAUGGCGCAGCAAGAAAAUCAACUGGACAGAGAAAGAUUCUGCUGUUCGAUCUGUCUGGAUCUACUGAAGGAUCCGGUGACUACUGGCUGUGGACACAGCUACUGUAGGAGCUGUAUUAACACCCACUGGGACAAAGGGGAGGAGAGAGGAAGCUACAGCUGUCCUCAGUGUAGACAGACCUUCACACCGAGGCCUGUCCUGGGGAAAAACACCAUGUUAGCUGAUUUGGUGGAGGAGCUGAAGAAGACUGGACUCCAAGCUGCUCCUGCUGAUCACUGCUAUGCUGGACCUGAAGAUGUGGCCUGUGAUCUCUGCACUGUGGGGAAACUGAAAGCUCUCAAGUCCUGUUUGAAUUGUUUGGCCUCUUAUUGUGAAAAACACCUCCAGCCUCAUCUUCAGUUAGCUCCUUUUAAGAGGCACAAGCUGGUGGAGCCCUCGGAGAAGCUCCAGGAGAACAUCUGCUCUCGUCACGACGAGGUGAUGAAGAUGUUCUGCCGCACUGAUCAGCAGUGUAUCUGUUAUCUCUGCUCUGUGGAUGAACAUAAAGACCACGACACAGUGUCAGCUGCAGCAGAAAGGACUGAGAGGCAGAGAGAGCUCGGGCUGAGGAGACAAACCAUCCAGCAGAGAGUCCAGGACACAGAGAAAGACCUGAAGCUGCUUCAACAGGAGGAGGAGGCCCUCAAUGGCUCUGCUGAUAAAGCAGUGAAGGACAGUGAGGAGAUCUUCACUGAGAUGAUCCGUCUGCUGCAGAAAAGAAGCUCUGAUGUGAAGCAGCAGAUCAGAUCCCAGCAGGAAACUGAAGUGAGUCGAGUCAGAGAGCUUCAGGAGAGACUGGAGCAGGAGAUCACUGAGCUGAAGAGGAAAGACCAUGAACUGAAGCAGCUCUCAGACACAGAGGAUCACAACCAGUUUCUACACAACUACCCCUCACUGUCACCACUCAGUGGAUCUACACACUCAUCCAGCAUCAGGAUCCGUCCUCUGAGGAACUUUGAGGACGUGACAGCAGCUGUGUCCCAGGUCAGAGGUCGACUACAGGACAUUCUGAGUGAGAAAGAGACAAAGAGUUUACAGAUUGUGUCUCAAGUGAAUGUUUUACCUCCACAACCAGAGCCAGAGACCAGAGCUGACUUCUUAAGAUAUUCACAGGAAAUCACUCUGGAUCCAAACACAGCACACGUAUGUCUGUUAUUAUCUGAGGGAAACAGAAAAGUAACACGUGUGAGUGAAGAUGAGUUUUAUUCUUAUCACCCAGACAGAUUCACUGAUUGGCCUCAGGUCCUGAGUAGAGAGAGUCUGACUGGACGUUGUUACUGGGAGGUGAAGAUGAGCAGAGGAGGAAGAGUUGAAGUAGCAGUCACAUACAAGAACAUCAGAAGAGCAGGAGGCUCACGUCAAUGUGAAUUUGGAUCAAAUGAUAGAUCUUGGUCUUUAUUUUGUGAUGAAAACUGUUUUAACUUUUGUUACAACAGAAACAAGAGAUCAGUGUCAGGUCCUUGGUCCUCCAGAGUAGGAGUGUACCUGGAUCCCAGUGCAGGUGUUCUGUCCUUCUACAGCGUCACUGGCUCCAUGAAUCUCCUCCACAGAGUCCAGACCACGUUCACUCAGCCUCUCUAUGCUGGAGUUGGGGUUUAUGAUGAUGGAGACACAGCAGAGUUGUGUUAAAAAUAGACUCGAGUCAUUAAAAGCAGUGAUUUAGAUUCUGUGUGUAAAUCUUUAACUUCUCUUGUCUCCAUGUUUGUUGAUCAAAGUUCGUCGUGGUGACGUUUCUGCUCCGUACAGAGAUCAGCUGUCAAUCAAACACUGACCUUCCUUUAUCAUACAUAUUUACUUCUCACUUUGUAUACACAUAAAUCUUUAAGUAUACUGAUAUGAAUGUGUUUGAAGUAUCUAAUGUUGUUAGGGUUAGGGUUAGGGUUAGUUUUCUAAAUCAAAGUAAUCAGGUUGUGUGUUGUUUUAGACCCUGUGUUGAUCCUGAUCCUCAUCAAGAUAGAUAGAUAGAUAAAUAGAUGGAUACUUUAUUAAUCCCGAGGGAAAUUCAGAUCAUCCAGUAGCUUGUACACUUAACACAUCACUGACAUAUAUACAUAAAUCACAUACAUCACAUAUAUCACAUACGGAGAACAUAUAUGCAGAUACAGUUAUGGAAUGCAAUGAUGUGAUUGUGUCAGUGUCCAGUAUUAAAGUGAUUUUGUUAUGGAGUGGAUAGUACAACAAAAUAUAAACUGUAUUUAUAUUAUAAAAACAGCAAAAACAUAUAUAUAUAUAUAAAUAUAUAGGAAUAUCAAUCAAUCAAUCAAUCAAUCAAUCAAUCAAUCAAUCAAUCAAAUUUUACCUGUAUAGCAGGUAAAGUUGUAAAAGUGGAACCUGGUUUGUUUUCAUCACGUCUCAUCUCUGUAAAGUAUGAAUCCACUCGUCCUCAUUGUAUUUACAUAUUUAGUGAACGUGCAUAUUGAUCUGCUGCUGCGUAGGUUUCUGUUCUUUCUGAUUUUCCUGAUCUGAACCAGCAGGUCCACUGGAGAGUGUCCUGAUCGAGUCCCUGAGGGUUUGUUCUGCAGCUCUCAUCACAUGUGUUUCUUAUACAUGUCUAUAUUCAUUUAAAUCUCUUAUAUAUGUUUAAAGCAAUACAAUCUUAUGUGUGAAGAAGCUGAAAUUUGAAAUAAAGAAUAAAUCCAGUC